UAAGCAAGAAUUCCCUAUCCUGAUCAAGGCUUUAAGCCUAAAAGAAAGCAGAAAUAGGCACCACCAGCAAUAGAGAUGAGAAAUUCUGAAGAACAACAAAGUGGAGGAACCACCGUAUUGCAGCGUCUGCUACAAGAGCAGCUUCGCUAUGGCAAUCCUAAUGAGAAUCGCAACCUACUUGCCAUACACCAGCAAGCCACAGGAAAUGGUCCUCCUUUCCCCAGUGGCAGUGGGAACCCAGGUCUUCAGAAUGAUGUGUUGAGUCCCCAAGACCACCACCAACAGCUUGUAGCUCAUGUUGCUCGACAAGAACCCCAAGGGCAGGAAAUCCAGUCAGAAAAUAUCAUCAUGGAGAAGCAGCUCUCCCCUCGAAUGCAGAAUAAUGAAGAACUCCCUACCUACGAAGAAGCCAAGGUUCAGUCCCAAUACUUUCGGGGCCAACAGCAUGCCAGUGUUGGAGCUGCCUUCUAUGUCACUGGAGUCACUAACCAGAAGAUGAGAACCGAGGGACGCCCGUCGGUCCAGAGGCUCAAUCCUGGAAAGAUACACCAAGAUGAAGGACUCAGAGACCUUAAGCAAGGGCAUGUCCGCUCCUUAAGUGAACGACUAAUGCAGAUGUCACUGGCUACCAGCGGGGUUAAGGCCCAUCCACCUGUUACCAGCGCACCCCUCUCCCCACCACAACCCAAUGACCUCUACAAGAAUCCCACAAGUUCCAGUGAAUUCUACAAGACCCAAGGGCCGCCUCCCAACCAGCAUAGCCUGAAAGGCAUGGAACAUCGAGGCCCCCCACCAGAGUAUCCCUUCAAGGGCAUGCCACCCCAGUCUGUAGUGUGCAAGCCCCAAGAGCCAGGGCACUUCUAUAGUGAGCAUCGUCUGAACCAGCCAGGGAGAACAGAGGGGCAACUGAUGAGGUAUCAGCAUCCCCCUGAGUAUGGAGCAGCCAGGCCAACACAGGACAUCUCAUUACCACUGUCAGCCAGGAACUCUCAGCCUCACAGCCCUACUUCUUCCCUCACGUCGGGAGGUUCCUUGCCCUUGCUGCAGUCUCCACCAUCCACUAGAUUGUCUCCUGCCCAACACCCCUUGGUCCCAAACCAAGGAGACCAUUCAACUCACCUGCCUAGGCCACAGCAGCAUUUCCUUCCUAAUCAAGCUCACCAGGGAGAUCAUUACCGUCUCUCCCAGCCUGGCCUGAGUCAACAGCAGCAACAACACCUUCAGCACCAUCACCAACAGCAGCAGCAGCAACAGCCAGGAGAGGCCUAUUCAGCUAUGCCUCGGGCUCAGCAGUCCUCUGCUUCUUAUCAACCAAUGCCAGCAGACCCUUUUGCCGUUGUUUCCAGAGCUCAGCAAAUGGUUGAGAUCCUCUCAGAUGAGAACCGGAACUUGAGGCAGGAGUUGGAAGGAUGUUACGAGAAGGUGGCAAGACUACAGAAGGUGGAGACAGAAAUCCAGCGUGUCUCCGAGGCAUAUGAGAACCUUGUGAAGUCAUCCUCCAAGAGAGAGACUCUGGAGAAAGCUAUGAGAAACAAGCUCGAGGGGGAGAUUCGGAGGAUGCAUGAUUUCAACAGGGAUCUGAGAGAACGUCUAGAGACUGCCAACAAGCAGCUUGCUGAGAAAGAAUAUGAGGGGUCAGAGGACACCAGAAAAACCAUCUCUCAGCUCUUUGCUAAAAAUAAAGAAAGUCAACGAGAGAAGGAGAAACUUGAAGCUGAGCUGGCCACUGCCCGUUCUACCAAUGAGGACCAAAGGCGGCACAUUGAAAUCCGAGACCAGGCCCUGAGCAACGCCCAGGCCAAGGUGGUGAAGCUGGAGGAAGAGUUGAAAAAGAAGCAGGUGUAUGUAGAUAAGGUGGAGAAGAUGCAGCAGGCCCUCGUUCAGCUCCAGGCAGCAUGUGAAAAACGGGAGCAGCUAGAGCACCGUCUGCGGACACGACUGGAGAGGGAACUGGAAUCCCUCAGAAUUCAGCAGCGUCAGGGCAACUCUCAGCCCACCAACGUUUCUGAGUACAAUGCAACUGCACUGAUGGAGCUCCUUCGUGAGAAGGAAGAGAGGAUCCUGGCCCUGGAAGCUGAUAUGACUAAAUGGGAGCAGAAGUACUUGGAGGAGAAUGUGAUGAGACAUUUUGCUCUGGAUGCUGCUGCAACCGUAGCUGCUCAGAGGGACACAACAGUCAUCAGCCACUCUCCUAACACCAGCUAUGAUACGGCCCUAGAAGCACGCAUCCAGAAAGAGGAAGAAGAAAUAUUGAUGGCCAACAAGCGUUGCCUUGACAUGGAGGGCAGGAUUAAGACCCUCCAUGCCCAGAUUAUUGAGAAGGACGCCAUGAUCAAAGUGCUCCAGCAGCGUUCCCGGAAGGAGCCCAGUAAAACAGAUCAGCUGUCAUCCAUGCGUCCAGCUAAGUCUCUGAUGUCCAUUUCCAAUGCUGGAUCAGGCUUGCUCUCCCACUCUUCCACCCUGACUGGCAACCCCAUCAUGGAAGAGAAGCGGGAUGACAAGAGCUGGAAGGGGAGCCUAGGUAUUCUCUUGGGUGGCGACUACCGUGCUGAGUCCGUGUCUUCCACACCCUCACCUGUGCCCCCUUCAACUCCCCUGCUUUCAGCUCACUCCAAGACAGGCAGCCGAGACUGCAGCACCCAAACUGAACGUGGGACAGAACCAAACAAAACUGCAGCUGUUGCUCCAAUCUCUGUUCCCGCUCCAGUUGCUGCUGCCGCCAUCUCUGCCAGCACUGCCACCGCUGCCACCAACACCACCACAAUGGUAGCUGCUGCCGCCGCCGCCGCCGCCGCCGCCACUGCCGCUCCAGCUAUUGCUGCUGCUCCCCCGUCUCCAGCCACUGCUGCUACUGUUGCUGCGGUUUCUCCGGCUGCUACUGCCCAGGUUCCUGUUCCUGCCUCUGUUGCUGCUGCUGCUGCUGCUGUUGCUCCUGCUGCUGUUCAGGUUGCUCCAGCUGCCUCGGCUCCGGUUCCAGCUCUGGCUCCAACUCCAGUUCCACCUUUGGCACCGGCUCAGGCUUCUGCUCCGGCUCAGACUCAGGCACCAACUCCAGCUCCGGCUACAGCUGCUAUUCCAGCUCCAGCUCCAGCUCCAGCUUUGGCUCAGACCGAGGUUCCUGCAAGUCCAGCUACCAAUUCUGGACCGUGUCGUUUAUCUAUACCAAGUUUGACCUGCAAUCUUGACAAGACAGAUGGUCCUGUUUUCCACACCAGUACUCUGGAAAGAAAAGGUCCCAUUCAGAUCUUGGGACAAGAGCCUGAUGCAGAGAUGGUGGAAUAUCUCAUCUGAAUGGCCAAAUCAACAGCUGCAGUUGAUCAGCAAGAAUGCUUUUAAUCAUUUGUUUCCUUUUUUUUUUCUUUUUUGAGGGUGAGGACAAGGGGUGGGGGUGGGGAUGUAUUUUUUAAAGGGGCUUUUUUUGUUUUUGUUUUUGUUUUGGAGCAAUAUAAUACUUAAGUAAUACCAUACCAACUCCAGUAUGUACUGGUAUAUUUAGAGAGUACCUCUAUACACAAAUUAAUCAGAAUGUGAUCUAAGGUUUAUUGUUUAGAUUUAUACAAAUACUGGGACUGUUAAUAUCUGGAUAUAUCCAUCAGUGUUUUUAAUUUGCUUAAAUUUGUUUAAAAUUUCUGUACGCCAAAAUCUUUUUUUAAUGAAGAGCACAGUAUGUAUCAAAGGCAGUUUGUAACAUGUAGUUCAGAAAUGGGAAGCCAGAAGAAAUUGAUAUGCUUGCUGUCUUGUACAGUUAUCAUGUAGACAGCAUCAAGAGAGAACUUUCUCAUCUGGCUAAUGAAAAGGAAUAGUUUUAAGAGCUUUGUUAGUUGGAGAAAAAAUGGGGGAUCUUGUGGUAUGGAAGGGUGCU